CGGCCCAAGAACGUUACAAGAACAUGACUUCCUAUCUGCAAUGCGAGAUUCUAUGGCAAGAAUCACACAGCGCUGUCCCUCUCUAUUUUCUUAGCAAUCGAUUCAUUUGAACUUUCGACUUCUGAUUUGACAAGAUUUCGUCGAGUUUUAUGCUAAUAAUGACGUCAAUAUAAAAAGGAAAUGAUAUGAAGAAUAUUCAUAAAUUGAAAGAAGACGAUAGAAGUUGGGAAACGUACCUACGCACCUCUUACAUACGUGAGCAGAGGUUUGUCUCGGGUAAUAUCUAUAGAUUAACGGACUUCAAAGUGAACGGAAACCACGAGAAAUGUCGUAAGAACGACGAUAUCUUUCGAAGAAUGCUAAGCAAUUUGGAAGAUUCGUUCCGUUGUAGGAAAUUGUAAUUUACAUGUAACGUUCGUUAUUUAAUACACAUCUCGAUAAGAGUGUGACGUUUACCAAAAUGGCACUACAGGAAGAUGAAAACACCUGGGUUUUGGAACUAGAAGCAGCUUUGCUUGAUACGGAGGCACCAUCAGCAUCUGAUAUAUAUGCGAUUUGUAAGGGACAGGCAGUACCUACAAAUUUAAGGCCAGACGUGUGGCAAGCUUGCUUAGAUGUUAUUGAUCGUGGCAAUCAAUUGAGUCACUUUAAUGAAGUCUUCGAUUUACCUGAACAAAAUAUUAUUCGAGACGAUUGCGAACAAUUGGUUGCAAAGUUGGGAAACGACGAUGAGGAUAAAGUAUCUGUUGUUUCUGAUUUAGAGUCUAUUUUAACAUUUUAUUGUAAAAGUAAAGUGAAACAAUAUAAAAGAGGAAAUGGAUGGCUAGAGUUGUUAGGCCCUUUAAUAGCUUUAAAACUUCCUCGCAGUGCAACAUAUAAUUUAUUUGAGGCUAUAAUAGACAUUUAUAUUCCUAGAGGUGAAACCUAUAGUUCUGUAUUAAGAUUAUUAUUACUUUAUCACGAACCAGAAUUAUGUUCUUUCUUAGACACGAAAAGAGUCUCACCAGAUCAAUAUACGAAAGGAUGGGUAACUACUCUUUUCGCUGGUGUCUGUUCACUACCAGCUGUUUGUACAAUGUGGGAUUUAUAUUUCAUGCAGGCUGAUCCAUUUUUCAUGUUAUUUCUUUCGCUCAUUAUGGUCAUAAACGCUAGGGAGCAAAUUUUAAGUAUGAAAGACAACGAUAAGCAAAGCAUAAUAGAUGCAAUAGCUGCUAUGCCUUGUGCUCUAGAAGCGGAGGAUGUAACAGAUUUUUGCUCUUUGGCACAAUAUUACGCGAUGAAAACGCCAGCCUCUUUUAAACAGGAUUUAUAUCCUAUUAUGUUUGGUGAAGGUUUUGAUGAGAAAUAUAUAUCGCACGCGCUAUGCUUGCCUGUAUCAGCUCAAGAAUUAGUUGAAAAUUCUAUUGAAAGUCCGUCCGUACCUAACACCUCUGUUGAAUCAGUUAGAUUUUUUUUAGUCGACUGCAGACCUGCCGAGCAAUACAAUGCAGGACACUUGCCGACUGCGUUUCACUUAGAUUGUAAUUUGAUGUUACAAGAACCAGCUGCAUUCGCCACAGCAGUGCAAGGAUUGUUGCAGGCACAACGACAAGCACUAGCUGUUGGAUCGCAAGCAGGUGGUGAACACCUUUGUUUCUUAGGAAGUGGCAGGCAAGAAGAAGAUCGUUACACUCACAUGGUAGUCGCAUCUUUUUUGCAGAAGCACACUCAGUAUGUUAGCAUGGUUACAUCAGGAUAUCAAGCCAUACACGAAUACUUUGGUGAUGAAGUUGUUUCUAGUCUCGUCGAUCACAAUUCGCAGCACUGUUUAGUUUGCAACACCAAUUUAUCCGAAACGAAUUCUAACGAAACAAGUCCUGCCAAAGUCAAGAAUAACAAUUCUGACUUCUUCGGGAAGAUAAAGAAAGUGAAAGGGAAGUUGUUCGAUUAUAUUGUUAAUCCAUCAGCAAGUGUUCAUAAUAACAUGGAAAAUAGGAAUGGUAAAGACCCAGAGUAUACUAAGCGGCAAAAAAAGACGGCUCCUGUAUUCAGCAUAGACGAUGACCAGGAAUCAGAUAUGGUAAUGACAAACCAUGAAAGCGAAGAACCUGUCGAAGUGGUGUCCAUUCAACAAUGGAUGAAAGAUCCAAAAUUAUUACAUUCCUUUAAAUGCCAAGAAGUGAAAGUGAAUAGAGAUCUCUGUGAUAGUAUACUUUUGGUUACUGACACUCAUCUUAUUGUACUCCGGGAAAUACCAGAACGAAAAGGCGCAGCGCAUGUAAUUGUCAAGCGUCCGUUGACAAGUAUUGUUAAGAUAACGUCUAGAAAGCGAAACUCGGAUUUGAUCACGUUUAAGUACGGUACAACGCAGUACAAUGAUACGGUCAUUUCGGACAUGGAUAAAUUUCUUAUUCCUUAUGCGACCGAGGCUACUAAAUUGAUCACGGAACAGAUCCUGAAACAAUUGGAAACAAACAAUUAAUGUUUAAGAAUUUUAUAACAGUCAUGCACGUUGAUUUAAAUACAAUAUGUACAGAUAAGAUCCGAUUUAUUUUGAAAAGAGAUGUUUUUCACCGAUCAAUGUGAGAACGAAGAAAUUCUUUUAUUCAUUUAACCGAUCACGAUGUUCUUAAUUAAAUGGUACUAUAUACACAACGUGUCACAUUAAUGUAUUUAAUAAUGAAAGUCUGUAGAGAAAGAUUUUAACUCGAGCGUGUCAUACAUAGAACUCAUUAAUACGGUGUCAUCAAUGAUAAUACGGCCAAAUAUGAUUUACAAAUGGUUCACGAGAUUCCGUUGAUUGUAUUGAGUCAUUGUUUACACGAAUUAACGCUUAUAGAUUUUCAUAUAUUUUUUUAAAAGAUUUUUAAAAACAUACGACUUCAACGGGAUUGCAUUUGUCGCAUUUUUUUUUGUUAUAACAACAUUCAAAUGAACGUUGAUCAUUUUGAAUUUAGUUUUUAUUUCAUACGUGGCUGAACGGUGGCCUUAUUACAAAAAGAAUGGAAUGGCUAGCGAACUCUGCAAAUUGUUCAUUGUUAUGAAUAUAUAGAAUGGAAUAUAAUGUAAUUGUGCCAUGAACUAAGAAUAUUGU